AUGGCUUCAUUUGACGUGGCAGCCGCCCGCGCCCAGUUUCCGGCUUUACAGCAGGAGCAGAUCUUUAUGGACAAUGCGGGAGGUAGUCAAGUUCUGGGCAAUGUAGCGAAUUCUAUCCGAUCCUAUCUGUUAAACACCAACGUCCAGCUCGGUGCCACAUACAAGAUCUCCCAAACAGCGACUUCAGCGUAUACCGAGGCAUAUAAGGUGGCUGCCCGAUUUAUCAAUGCUGAGCCAGAAGAGAUCAGUAUCGGAGUUUCAACUACCCAGCUCCUGCAUAAUCUUUCCACGGCCCUCAAAGUCCAACACGGUGAUGAGUUGAUCCUGUCCAAGUUGAAUCAUGAAGCCAACACAGCUCCCUGGGUUCAGGUUGCAGAUCGUUUGAACCUGACGGUCAAGUGGUGGGCUGCUUCUGAUCCGACGAACCCCGUCUGUGACCUUGCCGAGCUGAAGAGUCUGCUGUCGGACAAGACACGUCUCGUCGCUUGUCCUCAUGUUUCCAAUAUCACUGGAACCAUCACUCCGGUCCGGGCAAUUGCCGAUGCUGUUCACGCGUAUCCGCGAGCACUACUCUGCGUGGACGGCGUGGCUUUCGCACCGCACCGACAGGUCAACGUACGGGCCCUCGGAGUCGACUUCUAUGCCUUCUCCUGGUACAAAGUCUACGGUCCACAUCUGGCGCAACUAUACGCCUCGCAGCGUAUCCAGAACCAGAUCCAGUCCCUCGCCCACUUCUUCAAGCCCAGUAACACGCUUGAUCUGAAGCUCAACCUGUCAUCCGCCAACUAUGAGCUCACCCAGAGUAUUCCAGCCGUAGUGGAGUACUUUGGCGCCGAGCCGAACAAGACCUGGGCGGAAAUGGCAGCCUACGAGGAGCGGCUGCAGCGGAUUCUACUGGACUUCUUAACUGCGAAUGACCGCAUUACCGUCAUUGGUGAGCCGUCUUCCAGUAGAGAUUUGCGCGUGCCGGUCAUUAGCUUCACGGUGCGAGGCAUUCGUAGCCAGCAACUAGUUGAGGCGAUCGAAGGCCGGUCUACCUACGGAUUCCGUAGUGGCCACAUGUACAGUCACCGGCUGCUAACGGAGGUCUGUGGCCUAGCCGAUGUCGAGGACGGUGUGGUCCGGGUUAGUCUCCUGCACUAUAACUCCGAGGCCGAGGUUGAGGGACUAGUGAAGGUCCUGGGUGAGGUUCUGGCAUCGCUAUAG